AGAAUAGUUUACUAAUUAAAAAAACCAUUCCUUUUUAGAUUAUAAAUUUUAGGAAAGAACGACUCAAGAGUCAAAAGUAUGAAAGCAAAGAUCGACAAAGUUAUUUCACACCACACACUCAUAUGUAUAAAUACGCAAAAACCCAAAGAACUUCUUCAACUUCUCUCCUCAACUUUUAAGUAUUCCACACAUACAAACACACAAACACACACUUGACUUUUUCGCAUAUUUCGACAGCUCGUGAAGGACAAAGACAUGGAGCCUAAGCCUUCUCGGAGGAUAAUGACCAGAGACAUUUUCCUCCUAAUCGUAACGAUGACAUGGCUCGUAACCGGAGACGCAGGAGGCAUAAAGGCAAAGGAGCGACUGUUCAAUCUUGAGAAGCUAGAGAUGUUCGUUGACAAGCUUCCUCAUAUCCCUACUCUUCAUGGCUACCACUUCGUCAAUGGCUUCCUUAAACCCAAAUCUCUUCACAUAGGCAUGUUCCUCAAGAAAUGGAAAUUCCACAGAGACUUGCCUGCCACGCCAGUGUUCGCAUAUGGUACAUCGAGGCGUUUAGCAACAGUUCCUGGACCGACAAUAGAAGCUGUUUAUGGAGUCGACACCUACGUGACGUGGCGAAAUUACCUCCCGUUACAUCAUAUCCUCCCUUGGGACCCAACAAUCUCCCCUGCAAUCCCUAAACACGGCGGCAUUCCCACGGUGGUUCACUUGCACGGCGGCAUCCACGAACCAACUAGCGAUGGAAAUGCAGAUUCAUGGUUCACUGCUGAUUUCAAAGAGACUGGAUCCAGAUGGACUAAAAAGACUACGCAUUACGUUAACAAGCAACAACCUGGAAACAUGUGGUACCAUGACCACGCGUUGGGUUUGACUAGAGUCAACCUCCUCGCUGGUUUGCUAGGUGCUUACAUUCUCCGCCACAGCUCCGUCGAAUCGCCUCUCCGAUUACCUACCGGCCGUGAAUUUGAUCGUCCUUUGGUCAUCUUUGACCGAAGUUUUCGUAAAGAUGGUUCCAUUUACAUGAACGCUACAGGGAACAACCCGUCGAUUCAUCCGCAAUGGCAGCCAGAGUAUUUCGGCGACGCCAUCAUUGUGAAUGGUAAAGCUUGGCCGCGACUAACUGUCCGUCGCCGGAAAUAUAGAUUUCGAAUCACAAACGCUAGUAACGCAAGGUUUUUCCGGUUCUUUUUCUCCAACGGUCUCGAGUUCAUUGUCGUGGGUUCUGAUUCAGCUUAUCUAGCGAAACCAGUAUCGACCAAAUCGGUCCUCCUCGCUCCGUCGGAGAUUGUCGACGUCGUCGUUGACUUUUCAAAGUCAACAUCGAAAACGGCAAUUCUUGCCAACAAUGCACCUUAUCCUUACCCGUCCGGAGAUCCUGUCACGGAAGAGAACAGCAAAGUCAUGAAGUUUAAAAUCAAGAACAGAUCAGAAGUUGACACGUCGACUAUUCCGAAGAAGUUAAUUGAUUACCCGCCUGCUAAUGUAUCAACCUCCUCACGUACACGUUACAUUGCUAUGUUCGAGUAUGUGUCUAGCACUGACGAGCCAACACAUCUAUACAUCAACGGUUUGCCGUACAACGCUCCCGUGACAGAAACUCCAAAAAUCGGCACAAGCGAGGUGUGGGAAGUGAUUAAUUUGACGGAGGAUAACCAUCCAUUGCACAUUCACUUGGGAUUGUUCAAAGUAUUGGAGCAAACGGCAUUGGUGAAUAGUGAGGAGUUCACAGACUGUAUGACUAAAGAAAACGACGCCAUCAAGUGUCAGAUUAGCAAAUACGCUCGAGGAAACAAGACCGCGGUGACGGUACACGAGCGGGGAUGGAAAAACGUAUUCAAGAUGAUGCCGGGGCAUGUAACGAAGAUCCUCGUCAGAUUUUCUUACAUUCACUCAAACGACUCUUACUCCUUCGACGCAACGCAAGAGCCAGGCUAUGUCUACCAUUGUCACAUAUUGGACCAUGAAGACAAUAUGAUGAUGAGGCCUUUUGCAAUGGUCAAGUGACAAGAUGUUAAAUGGUGGCUAUGAUUCUAAAACUAAACAACUUAUAAUUACGAGUGCAGAAAAUACGAAAAUAUUUGAUUGAAUUCGUGAUAUCUUUAUACAGAAAGUCUUAAGAAUACUUCUAUUGAAAUAUUGCUAUCAUUGUUUUUAACUCGGCCACCUUUUUAAUGGGCUUUUGGGCUAACACUUACGGGCUUUAAGGGGCCCAAUAACAAUAUUUUUUGCUUAGUAUAUGAUUUUGGGUAGGGUAAGUGAGAGAGGGGAGAGGUGAGUGAAAUUGGAAAAUUCCUCGUAUACUAAGUUCCUAACCACCAGUCAAAUUCAAUUCAAUGCUCCCAUGUUUCUCCCUUAUCUGUUCCUGAACCUUCACUCUUUAAUUUUGUGGUUUCCUCCUGUUUUCUCAUAAUUUGUUUAUUUUCAUAUUAUAUUCGGAAACUUCUGAUAUUAUAUCAAAUAAUACAUCCAAAUAAUUUUAAGCCA